UUCAGCAGCCAACAAAUAUCCAAAGUCCACCAAACAAGUUUUUAAAAUUUUCAGAUAUAUUGAUGGGUUCGUUUUGUUUUGUCCGCCUCAGAACAUCUCUUAGCUUCAAUCCAACCUAGGAAACCAAUUCCUAAUCACAUUCCAUUUUCAUUUUUGUUUUCAAACACACUUUCCAACAACACGAUCUUCAAUCAAAAGUUCGUUUAGUUCGCCAAAGAAUGAUCUUUUCGAGGAUUGGGCGUUCUUUCUCGCGAUCAUCUCGUCCAAGAUAUGUGGUAAGUGGUGGUAAUGGUGGGAGAUCUGCUUUGGUGAAUGGUGGAUUACUUCGAGAUUCGCAUGUAGAUUCAUAUAUUAGCCGAUUUGAUGAGAAAUUAGGGUUUUUCAGGGGGUGUUUAGCUUCCAUAGGGGCUAAUAAAGAGUUUGCAUCCAAGUCGUAUAGUUUAUCUGAUUUGAAUUACGUGCUUGCAAACCCGAGGAUUCAAAGAUUUUUCUCAAGUGAAGCUCCCAAAAAGAAGGAUUAUGAGAAUUUCUACCCAAAUAAUAAGAAGGAAGCACCAAAAGGGGAUGAGCAAAAAGCGGAGUCGAAAGAGGAUGCAAAGUCGGAAGAUCAUGAACAUUUUCAGCAAACUUUCAUGAAGCAAUUUCAAAAUCUAAUCACCCCUAUAUUAAUGAUUGGGCUGUUUCUUUCAUCAUUUUCUUUUGGUUCUCAUGAACAACAACAGAUUAGUUUCCAAGAGUUCAAAAACAAGCUUCUGGAACCAGGUUUAGUGGAUCACGUAGUUGUUUCAAAUAAAUCAGUUGCAAAAGUGUAUGUUAGGAGCUCACCACGCAAUCAAACAAGAGAUGAUGUUGUUGAGGGAUCAUUUGUUGAAGGGCCUGCUAAUGGUAUCCCUGCUAGUGGGAACAAGAGCCAGUACAAGUAUUAUUUCAAUAUUGGAAGUGUUGAAUCUUUUGAAGAGAAGUUGGAGGAAGCCCAGGAAGCAUUAGGAAUAGACCCUCAUGAUUAUGUUUCUGUUACAUAUACUUCUGAAAUGGUUUGGUACCAAGAGUUGAUGAAAUUUGCACCGACACUCUUGCUUUUGGGAAGCCUUUGGUACAUGGGGCGGAGAAUGCAAGGUGGACUUGGUGUUGGAGGUAGUGGUGGAAAGGGUGCCCGUGGAAUAUUCAACAUUGGAAAAGCCCACGUGACAAAAGUAGAUAAGAAUACGAAAAACAAGAUCUAUUUCAAAGAUGUUGCUGGCUGUGAUGAAGCAAAACAGGAAAUCAUGGAGUUCGUGCAUUUCCUCAAAAACCCCAAAAAAUAUGAGGAAUUGGGGGCAAAAAUUCCAAAAGGUGCUCUUUUGGUAGGUCCUCCAGGCACCGGUAAAACACUUUUGGCCAAAGCAACGGCUGGGGAAUCUGGCGUUCCUUUCCUUUCCAUAGCUGGUUCAGAUUUCAUGGAGAUGUUUGUUGGUGUUGGACCAUCUAGGGUGAGAAACUUGUUUCAAGAAGCACGACAGUGUGCGCCUAGUAUUAUAUUUAUUGAUGAAAUAGACGCGAUUGGUCGAGCCAGGGGACGUGGGGGCUUCUCAGGCACCAACGAUGAGCGUGAAAGUACUCUAAACCAGUUGCUUGUUGAAAUGGAUGGAUUUGGAACAACUUCUGGAGUAGUUGUCCUUGCUGGCACCAAUAGGCCUGAUAUUUUGGACAAAGCCCUGUUAAGGCCUGGUCGAUUUGAUCGACAAAUUAGCAUUGAUAAACCUGAUAUCAGAGGCCGUGAGCAGAUAUUUCAAAUCUAUUUGAAGAAGAUCAAACUUGACAAUCAACCAUCAUAUUACUCUCAGAGACUUGCAGCCCUGACUCCUGGAUUUGCAGGAGCAGAUAUUGCAAAUGUUUGUAAUGAGGGUGCUUUAAUUGCUGCGAGGUGUGAAGAAACACAGGUCACAAUGGAACAUUUUGAGGCAGCUAUAGAUAGGAUCAUUGGUGGUCUGGAGAAGAAGAACAAGGUGAUAAGCAAGCUUGAACGUCGAACUGUAGCUUACCACGAAUCCGGUCAUGCUGUUGCCGGCUGGUUUUUAGAACACGCAGAACCCUUGUUGAAAGUUACCAUAGUUCCUCGUGGUACUGCAGCGCUUGGGUUUGCACAAUAUGUUCCUAAUGAAAACCUUCUUAUGACAAAGGAGCAGCUUUUUGACAUGACUUGUAUGACCCUUGGUGGUCGGGCAGCUGAACAGGUUUUGUUGGGGAAAAUUUCAACGGGAGCCCAAAAUGACUUGGAGAAAGUGACAAAAAUGACAUAUGCCCAAGUAGCAGUGUACGGGUUUAGUGAGAAGGUGGGUCUCCUCUCUUUCCCCCCAAGGGAUGAUGGAUUUGAGAUGAGCAAGCCUUACAGCAACAAGACCGGGGCAAUUAUUGAUGGUGAAGUGCGAGAGUGGGUAGCCAAGGCAUACAUUCACACAAUCCAAUUGAUAGAGGAACACAGAGAACAAGUGGCACAGAUUGCCGAACUGUUGCUUGAAAAAGAAGUCCUUCACCAAGAUGAUUUGCUCCGAGUUCUGGGUGAGAGGCCAUUCAAAUCAAGUGAGAUGACAAAUUAUGAGAGAUUUAAGCUAGGGUUCCAAGAGAGUGGUGAGAAGGGUGGACAGACCGUGGGGGGUGUAAGUGCAGAAACUGAUGAGUCAUCACCCCUCGAACCACAGGUGGUCCCUGCAUAGUCCCUGAUUGUACAUGAAAUGAAAUAAAACCUCGUCCUUUUUCCCUUUUUGUGAUCUUACAAUGCUGUUGAAUCCUCACCCUCCCACUGACACCUGAUAUUAUUGUAAAAUAUGAAUUAUAGCCAACAUCGCAAAGAAUUUAGACAAAAGCUGUUGGGGCAUCUUACGAUGUUGUUGAAGAACACAUCAGGAUGUGAGGAUAAGUUUGAAGGAAAGAAAAGAGGAGGAUGUAAAUUGAUUGUGAAUUUAAUUUUGAAGGCAUUGAUUUGAUGUAUACUAUUCUAAUCUUAAAAGCGUUGUUGAUUCUUUUGUUA